AACCCCCAAUAUAGCAAUUGUAUUUGCUAUAUUUUAGAAAUUAUACUUAUAUUUCUAAAUUCAAGAAAGGAUGCAGUGUCUUAGUUGACUACAUACUGUGGGAUUAAAACAGAAAUUUGAGUAUCACAUGCCUAUAAUCCCAGUUAUUCAGGAAGGCUGAGGCAGGAGGAUCAAAAGUUUGAGGCCAACCUGGGCAAUUUAGCAAGACUUUGUCUCAUUAAAAAGGAGUGGGGAGCCAGGUGUUUGAGGGUCUCGAGGGUCGAGGCCGCCGCGGGCGGGAGGCGCCAUCAUGCCCCGCUAUUACGAGGACAAGCCGGAGGGCGGCGCGUGCGCGGGCGUGAAGGAGGACCUGGGCGCAUGUCUGCUGCAGUCGGACUGUGUGCUCCAGGAAGGAAAAUCUCCUCGGCAGUGUUUGAAGGAAGGAUACUGCAAAGCUCUGAAGUAUGCCUUUUUUGAGUGUAAAAGAUCAAUGUUGGAUGCUAGAUCAAGAUUCAGAGGAAGAAAAGGAUAUUGAUACCAUUAUGUUGAAAACAAGAUGAAAACACCAGAGGAUUUCCCCACAGAAAGCCACAAGAGGAAACAUGAGCUUUGCUACAUUUGUUUGGUUGGAACAGUUCCCCUUCUAUGGAACGCUGGAGAAAAUGGAUGAAUUCUGGUUUUGAAUAAGUAUAAAGUGAAUGCCUCUCUGAAUCUAAGUUAUUUUUAGUAGAUAAGUUUAAUUGACAGUUAUAGGCCUGGAGCAUAAUGUGUUUUGAGAACUGUCCUAAAGUACAGAGAAUGGAAAAAUGUUAUUUUCAAACCUGACUCUUCAAUCAGAUGACACCAUUUGUACAUCAGAAGGUGACUAAUGUGACACUGGAGGCUGUCCACAAGAUGUUGAUUGAGAAAGUUUAGAGUAAGACUUUUAUCUAAUAUGCCUAUUUAGUUCUGAAAUAAAUUGUUUGGUUCCUUGG